AUGGAAAACAGCACGUCGAUCACUGAGAUUGUCUUGGUUGGACUCACCAACCACCGAAAGACGCAGAUUCUGCUCUUUGUGAUCAUCCUCAUCAUCUACUCCCUCACUCUUAUGGGGAACUUGGUGAUCAUCUCGCUGGUGUGGAUCGACUUGAGGCUCCACACGCCCAUGUACUUCUUCCUCGCCAACCUCUCCUGCCUGGAGAUCUGCCACAUCACCUGCACUUUGCCCCCGAUGCUGGCAAACCUCCUGAGCCAGAAUGGGACCGUCUCUUUCACUUGCUGUGUGGUCCAGAUGCAUGCAAUUGCGUGCAUGGGCGGCACCGAGUGCAUUCUCCUGGGUGUCAUGGCUUACGACCGCUACUUGGCUAUCUCCCACCCGCUGCUAUAUACCAUCCUCAUGGGCAGGUGGCGCCAGGUGCAGCUGGCCUCAGCCUCCUGGGCUGGUGGCAUCAUUGUCUCUACAACAAACGUCAUCUGUGCCCUCCGCCUCCCGUAUUGCGGCCCCAACCGCGUCAAUCAUUUCAUCUGUGAGCUGCCGAUUGUGAUGAAGCUGGCAUGCGCCGACAUCCAUUCCACAGAGAUGAUUGUUUUUGGGACGUCUGCGGUGGUGAUCCUGACCUCUCUGGCUGUCAUUCUGGCUUCCUACGGGCUCAUUUUGUUCUCUGUGCUGAAGAUGCACUCAACCACUGGACUGCGCAAAGCCCUCUCCACGUGUGUGUCCCACCUGGCGGUCGUCACCCUGUUUUACAGCACGGUCAUUGCUGCAUAUGUUAAACCCCCAUCAGUCACAGACCCCGACAGCGACAAGAAACUCGCUGUCUUUUACAUCGUGGUCACCCCUCUUCUCAACCCAAUCAUCUACACCCUGCGCAACAAGGAUAUCCACGCAGCAGCAGCAAAAGUCCUGCGCAGAAGGGGCUUGGAAUAA